AUGUCUCUUGCCAACAAUGCAGUCGAUCCAAUCGCCCGCCUCGAAGCAGAACUAGCUCAAGAGAAAGCUGCUCACGCGUGCACAGCAAAAGCGCUCGAGUCUAUCACCCAUCUUCACGCCAACCAGGCUAUUACCAUCAGCUCUCAGAUGAGCAUCAUCAGGUCGCAGAUUCAAAAGCAUCCCGAGGAUAUGUCGGACAUCCAGAGAGAGGCCAGGGAGGCAGAGGACAAGCGACAGCGCAAGACGUCGGAGACGAGAGCAAUGGGAAUUGCGCCGUAG